GGCAGAAAACACAACAGAGAGGCUGUUCAGCUCGGCUUUGCAGGGCUUUUUCGGAGCAGGUCGUGUACCGGUUCUCCCCCUGAGCUGGACUGAUUCUGGUUCUGGACUCGGCCGCUCUUCGUGUAUGUAUGGGCUCGGCAGGCGCAUCUCUCGCCUCCCGAUAGGACAUAACGGGCAGGGCAGCCUCCUAAUAAUUAUUUAUUUCGCCCUCUCUGCGCCGCAACAUUGGGAGAAACGUGAUCGAGAGGCAGCAGCGGCAGCAGCGCGCUGAUCAUGGAUUAAUGUCCGAGUGAAUUUUCAUCUGAGAGGUUCCCAAUGUUGAACAUGUCCACCCCCAGCGAGCUGAAGUCUCCCUGUGUGACUCGUAACGGUAUGGUGAAGUUGCCCCCCAGCCAGCCCAACGGUCUGGGCAGCGCCAGCAUCACAAAGGGGACACCCGCUGCCAAGAACCGCCUGUGCCAGUCCUCCUCAGUCCCCUCCAUCCUGCCCCCUCCACCUUCCUCCCUCCCCUACCACCACCACCACCACCUGGACGGCUCCGGCAUGCCCCACUCGGCAGCCUCUCUCUUGGGCUCCGACAUGGAGCCCGGAAAGCCUCUGGUGGGCUUGAAGCCAUCCCUUCGCCAGCUACCCCCCCUCACUCUUCCCAAACCCCUGCUGCUGGAGCGCCAGCUCGUCCUGGAUGAGAAGCUGCUCAACCGACUGCUCUGGUACUUCACCACAGGUGAAAAGUGUGUGCUGGCGCAGGUGUGCAAGACGUGGCGCAAGGUGCUAUACCAGCCCAAGUUCUGGGAGGGCGUGACCCCCAUCUUGCAUGCCAAGGAGCUAUAUACCCUGCUGCCCAACGGGGAGAAGGAGUUUGUCAGUCUACAGGCCUUCGCCCUGCGUGGCUUCCAGUCCUUCUGCUUAGUGGGCGUGUCAGACCUGGACAUUUGUGAGUUCAUCGACAACUACCCGCUGUCCAAGAAGGGGGUCCGCUCAGUCAGCCUCAAGAGGUCCACCAUCACAGACGCCGGUCUGGAGGUCAUGUUGGAGCAGAUGCAAGGCCUGAUGCACCUGGAGCUGUCAGGCUGCAACGACUUCACGGAGGCUGGCCUGUGGUCCAGCCUGAAUGCCCGGCUAACCUCCCUCAGCGUCAGCGACUGCAUCAAUGUGGCGGACGACGCCAUCGCUGCUAUCUCACAGCUCCUGCCCAACCUAUCAGAGCUGAGCCUGCAGGCCUACCACGUCACCGACACGGCCAUGGCCUACUUCACAGCCAAACAGGGCUACACCACCCACACUUUGCGGCUUCACUCCUGCUGGGAGAUCACCAACCACGGUGUGGUCAACAUGGUACACAGCCUCCCCAACCUGACCGCCCUCAGCCUCUCCGGAUGCUCCAAGAUCACCGACGACGGCGUGGAGCUGGUUGCGGAGAACCUGCGUAAGCUCCGCAGCCUGGACUUAUCCUGGUGCCCCAGGAUCACCGACAUGGCUCUGGAGUACAUCGCCUGUGACCUGCAUAAACUGGAGGAACUGGUGCUGGAUAGGUGUGUGCGGAUCACAGACACUGGUUUAGGCUACUUGUCCACCAUGUCGUCAUUAAGGAGCCUCUAUCUGCGCUGGUGCUGUCAGGUGCAGGACUUCGGACUGCAGCACUUGUUUGGAAUGAGGAGUCUUCGUCUUCUCUCCCUCGCAGGCUGCCCCCUGCUGACCACCACUGGUCUGUCAGGCCUCAUCCAGCUGCAGGAGCUAGAGGAGCUGGAGCUGACCAACUGCCCGGGAGCCACAGCUGAGCUCUUCAAGUACUACUCCCAGCACCUGCCCCACUGCAUGGUCAUCGAGUAAGACCACUGACCCGCCCCACUGACCAACCGACUGACCGACCGCCAUACUUCAACCUUCCUCCUCUUUACUCCUCCUCACUCUUUUCUCAAAUGCUAGCCAGGAGACUG